ACCAUAUAUAUCGAGGAUCACGACAAGGAAUGAGCGAUUACUUGGCCAUAAGAAGAAUUCGGCAGGAGUAUCAGCAGCUUCAACGGAAUCCUCUGCAAGGGAUUUGGGCUCACCCAAUCCCCAAUGACAUGCGAGAAUGGCGGUUCGUCAUAGAGGGACCUCCGGGAACCGCCUUUUCAGGAGGGCUCUUCCAGGGUACCAUCAACUUCCCCACCAACUACCCUUGCACGGCUCCUCGGAUCAAGAUGGUAACCCCAACCGGUGGGCGAUUCGUCGAUAACCAGAACAUAUGCAUCGAAGACCUCGAACAACACGCCUGGCAACCCGCGAUGAGUUUAUCUGACGUCCUCAGCGGCUUUAGAGACUUCAUGGUGAGGGACGAUGUGCUGGAAGGACGUGUCUGGUUUGCUACAGACUACGAACAGAAACGUUUUAUCGAAGCCAGUCUGCAGUUCAACACGAACGAUCCUGUCUUCUGCGAAAUGUUUCCCGCUCUGGCAGAACAGUCACGGCGUCGUCUGCAAGAGCUGCGAGCGGAGCUCGAAAACUCCCAGCGGCAACAUGACGUGCCACAAGCUCAGCACCAUUCCUCGGGUCUGAUUUUUAUGGUGCUGGGAUAUGGUGGGAUCGCUGGUAUAAUUGCUGUCCUCGCUGUUAUAAUACGGUCGUUUAUGUGAAGAGAUAUUAUAUCAUAUAUGUGGAUAUGCUGUCAUGUGACAGAAUGUACGUUCUCGCAUGCAAUGGCGUUAAUAGGUUUUGUACUAUUAAAUAAGCUCAAUCGCUGA